GGCGGCGCGGCCGGAGGAGAAGCUGACUAUGCUGACUGAAGCUUUGAUACGCCAAGCCACUGUUCUAAAGAAGCUGCCCCGUGCGACACGCAGGCAUUUCUGGGGAUGGUUAAACACCGUUUUCAACAAGGUAGACUACGAGCGGAUCAAGGAUGUCGGCCCGGACAGAGCGGCUUCAGAAUGGCUCCUUCGGUGUGGCGCGUUCGUGCGUUAUCAAGGUUUUGACCGAUGGCAGUCCGAUUACAACGGACUCCCUACCGGGCCGUUAGGGAAAUACAAGAUACAAGCAAUUAAUGCCACAGAAUCUUGCAUCAUGUACAAGGGAUUUGAUUAUUUGGAUGCCCUGGAGCAGGUCGAGGAAAUCAAGCUUUGCAAGUGCAUGUAUAUCCAAGAUGAAUGUUUGCAGCGGCUCAGCGAGAUCCCGAACAUGCAGAAGAGCCUCCGGCGCCUGUGGAUCAUCUCCUGUGGGAACGUCACCGACAAAGGCAUCAUAGCCUUGCAUAAGCUCAGUAAUUUGCAGACUUUGUUCCUGAGCGACCUACCUGGAAUAAGAGAGAAGGAAAUGACCUCACAGAUCCUUAGGAAAUCACUGCCAGAGCUGGAGCUGGAAUUAGACCUGAAUUAAAGCGACGCCACCGUGUGUGGCUUCGGAGAAUUCAUCUGUGACAGCCGCCAAAAGGGCCGCAUGGUCUCGGAGCAGUGCUGCCGGCUUGUGCCUGCAGCCGCUGGCAACAUCUGCCCAGUUGCCAGAUGGUGGUGGUGGCCUUGGCAGCCCUAAGAUGCACAGACCAGCGGCUCCGCCGGGCGAUGCUGGCAGGGGAUGUGGUUCAGGACACUUUGUGAAAUGGUAGAAUUAUUCUGAACAAAAUAAAUAGUACUUGUUGUGCGCUUGGC